AUGAGGGAGCAACCAAAGGAGACCCAUAAACAUAAAAAUAAACCCAAGGAGAAGAGCAUCCCUCCAGCCCUGACCUUUCUUCAGCUGUUUACACUGCUGAGCUGCGUCAGGAUGAAGAAGACACCAUUUGAUCCCUCCCAGAGUGGUGAUGUGAAAAGGAUCAAGGACAAGAGUAAAGGAAAGGUUCGGAAAGAGAAAGUUUGGUUUGAAGUUCAGAAAUUUCAGGACCACAAACGCAGAACGACACCGGAAACAGAAAAAGACAUUAAACAAAGAUCUAACUCGCACAGACAGAGUAAAAAGGACCAGGACGAAGAUAAUGCAUCUGAUACUGGCUCAGACUGGUCUGGAGGAGAUGUUACAACCAAAAAGGUCAAGGACAAGAGUAAUGGAAAGGCAAAUCAAAGGACACCCCGGCAAGUGAAGACCCAUGUGGAGAAAAUUUACAUAAGUCCUGACUCUCCGACUCUACCACGUGCCCACAGCUCCCUCUCCCAGUUCUCCCUGGCUAGGAACCUGGCCAUCCUCCCGCUGGAGUGGCAGCUACCUGGAGUCCCUCUGACCACCUCGUCUAUGGCAACUAGGACAGAGAGAAAGCCAUCCACUACCAACACUUCGACACAGGCGCAGACAGAAACACAGACAACAGAUAUGAACACACACACACAGACCACUGCCACCUCUCAGAGACAGAUCUCCAUGGUGACCACCCAGUCAUCAGAGACCAUGACAGAGGUUCACACAUCAGACUCAAGCACCCAGAACUCCACUCCUGACAUGGCACUGACCCCUGAGAGCACUAAGGACAUGAUCGCUACUGAUGAGGAUGUGAAGGAUGACUCUGCUGAAGAUUUGAUCUCCACCCUAACAGACACCUCUAUGGAGAAAUUCGUCAGUGAGACCAGCCUGAAAGCCCUGGAUGAGGAAGAUAACAAUGAGAUGAAGGAUAUGGCUGCCUCCGCUAGCCCUGCUACUGAUAAUGCCAAUGAGGAUGCAAAGCUACUGGAGCUACUUUAUUAUUAUUAUUAUUAUUACUUUAUGACUACAUGUUGACAGUGGAGACCGAGCUG